AAGUCUAAUUGUGAAUCUACGUAAUUCCAUAGGUCCUUAUUCUGAAUUUUCUUUCAUCGAUAAAAGUGCCUCUAAGUGUGACUCUAAGCCUUCUGAUUGACUUAUAAGCAUAUUUAAAGACUCUUUUGUCGGUAAAAACGAGUUUAGGAUAAGGAUCCCAUAGUGUGUAUGCUCUCUAAAAUCUUUAUAUUAUUUAUAUAAGAAAUUACAUGGGAAAUUAUUUACAUGAGUAUUUACACGAAAAAUAUCGACUUCCCUGGUAUCGAACGCACCUUCUUGUUUAUUGCCAGACAGGUGGUUCGUCUCUAUGGUAACAUUGAAGCGCCAAUAGGAAAACACACGGACUAUGGAAGCGCGUUUCGAUCACAGUGAUUCAGUCUUAUGUCGUGUUUCCUCGCGCAAAAAUGUCCUACCGCGAUUUACGUAAUUUCACGGAGAUGAUGAGGGUGCUAGGCUACCCGAGGUUGAUUUCCAUCGCGAACUUUCGCGUGCCAAACUUCGCUCUAGUCGCGGAGAUCUUGGUCUGGCUGGUGAAGCGCUUCGAUCCGGACGUCGAUAUUUCUAGCGAUCACGAUACCGAGGAGCAGCGUGUGGCAUUGAUACGCACCAUCGCCGAGUUUAUGGCGUUAAAGACGAAUGUCAAGUUAAAUACGAAGAAGCUAUAUCAAGCCGACGGUUACGCGGUGAAGGAGAUGCUGAAAAUGACUGUGCUGCUGUACGAAGCGCAGAGCAGCAGUAGCGGCGUCGAGCAAAGUCGACCCAGCAGCAAUCAGAGCGCGGUGAAUUUCGACAUAUCUGAUAAAAUUAACGAGCUGAAAACGACGCGACAGCUCGCCAGUCAACUGACCAUUAACGGAGCGACCCUUUUCGACCUGCUCGGCCGAGAAGUGGAGCUCCGUGAAAUUCGCAAUACCAAAGUUGCCAGGCAGUUUGACACGUCGGAGAUCGAAGUAGCUCUAAAAGAAGUGAUCGACAGUACGCGUAAAGAGAUUGACGACACCAGAAAGCAGAUCGACAAUGUCAAGGACACGGAGCAAAACUUAGACGCGAGGACCGAAAGACGGCGGACGGAGCUCGACAGGAAUCAAAAGAGACUCCAAACAUUGAAGAAAGUUCGUCCAGCUUUCAUGGAGGAAUUCGAGAAGCUAGAAGUUGAGUUGAGGGCUUUGUACGACGAUUACUUGCAGAAAUUCCGGUAUCUAGCGUAUCUAGAGCACCUGUACGAAGAUGCGGCUAAGGCAGAGCAAGAGAGAUUCGAGAGACGGCAAGCCGCGACUAAGAAGCAACUGGAGCAAAUGAGAUCCGAAGACACGAAUUUUGAAAGCAUGAUGGAAGGGAACGACUCGAUCUUCGCGACGAAUCUCCAAGAGCCCUUGGUCACUCCCUUGACAAACCCAGAAACAACGGCGGCGGAGAAAUCCGGUCGAUCCGCUCACGUGAAACCAGCGACCGGAAGGACGUCGAAGAUGCAGUACUCUCAACGACGCCUAUACGGCAGCAUGUCCGGCCGACAGAGAGGCACGAUCCAAGAGUCGAAUGACAGCGACGACGGCUCGCUGGACAGCGACAGUGAUCUGCUGAUCGACGGUGAUCUUGAUGACGACGACGACGAGGAUCUCCUCAACUCCGUUGGAGCGACCGAUAUCGGCACUUACAAUCUCAAAGCCGGCCAAGAGAAGCGGGCCGUCAGCAAGAUAGAUCAUUCGGACGACGACUUUUAAUCGACGGAACCCGCGACUCCCACCGCCUUCCGUAUUUCAUACUUUUCUAUGGAAAAAUUGCAUAUGGAUAUACAGGGAAAUGUAUAUUCGGAGCACAAGUUGACAUAAAAAUAUACACAAUAUAUGGAAAUGAGAUACGCGAGUAACGUCUGUGAGAUAAAAGUAUCGAUUCUCGGACAUAUACCUAAUUCUGGAUAUCCUUAUUAUUUUGAUUUUGUGAUUUAAACUUGAAUAUUUAAGCUUUCAAAACAUAGAAUGUACAGACUUAAGACUUUAUAUUUUAUGUUAAAAAUUUCAAUAUUGUAAAUUAAAUUAAAUUUGUAUUUAAAGAGCAAAACAAAAAAAUGUUCAGAUACAUGUUCGGUACUUUUACCUUACUUGCGGGAAAAUGAACGGCCGCUCAAGUGGAGAUGGAGAGAAGGAGGCGAGGGAAUCCAGGUGCAUAUUGUCCUAGUAUCAUAUUUAUUAACUCCGUCGACUCAAGCCACGGUCGACGUCGAUCGGCUAGCGCCGACCUCAGCACCGAUCACACAUACGUCACUUAGAUCUACCCUUAUAUGCCAUGUACGCGUCCACGUACGUUCGCAUGCGUGUAUACACAUAUAUACAUAAAACGUGCGCGUAAGAAACAUGAUUCUUCGUAUCAAUAAAGAAAUAGAAAGACUUUUGCGCUAUA